AAUAUUCAUUAAUGCUGCAUGUGAUGCUUGUAAACACCAACUUUUUUCUUUUUUUUUGGAUGGCCCAACAUAACCUUUAAAGGCAUGCUGGUUGAAGUAACAAUAACUCUAGCAACAAACACACAAAGGAAACAAAGUAUAGCCUAAUAUAGCAACAAUUCCUAGAUAGGAUAUGGAAAAAUAGCUUAAUUUAAACUACUAUCAUAAAUAUAAUCAUAACUACUAGCUAGUGAAUGGCUAUAUUCAUUUCCUGAUGCUUUGCAAACGCGCAGUUAGCCUUCCAAAAAAAAAAAAAAAAAAUCCGAUUCUACUGCUGCACUUGAAGGCACCAUAGACCUCUCCUGUUGCUCAGAGAGGAGGCAAGCCGGUGAUUUUCCACUGCUGCUGCUUCUCUGGUCCCCCAGUUUUAAGAGACAAAGGUCAGGAAGAGAAGCUUAUAAAUAGGCUUAAAUAUAGGCUUCCGACGCGUUCAGUCCUCAGUCGCUCUAACGGAAUCAAGAGGUCACGGACAAGACGAAACGGACAAGGGACGGCGCUCAAAGGACAUUAAAAGGACAAAAUAACAGAGGAAAGCACAUCAACAUUGCAGAAUGGCUCAAAAAGAGAAACUUCAGUGUCUGAAAGACUUCCAUAAGGACACUCUGAAACCAUCUCCUGGUAAGAGUCCUGGCACCCGGCCUGAAGAUGAAGCAGAGGGCAAGCACCCCCAGCGAGAGAAGUGGGCCAGCAAGCUGGACUUUGUUCUGUCUGUUGCUGGUGGUUUUGUUGGUUUGGGGAAUGUCUGGCGUUUCCCAUACCUCUGCUAUAAAAAUGGUGGAGGUGCAUUUCUCAUCCCCUACUUCAUUUUCCUGUUUGGUGGAGGUUUGCCAGUCUUCUUCCUGGAGGUCGCCCUGGGUCAGUUCACCUCUGAGGGUGGCAUUACCUGCUGGGAGAAGCUCUGUCCCAUCUUUACUGGCAUUGGUUAUGCUUCCAUUGUGAUUGUGUCCCUGCUGAAUAUCUACUACAUUGUCAUCCUGGCCUGGGGCCUCUACUACCUGUUCCAGUGUUUUCAGCCUGAGCUGCCCUGGGCCAAGUGCAAUCAGCCCUGGAACACUGAUCAUUGCAUUGAGGACACCUACCGCAAGAACAAAACCUUCUGGGUGGCUGCCAACGCCUCCAACUUCACCUCCCCCGUCACCGAGUUCUGGGAGCGCAAUGUACUCGGUAUCUCCAGUGGUAUAGAUGAGAUCGGCCCUAUUAAAUGGGACCUGGCCCUGUGUUUACUGCUCGUGUGGGUCAUCUGCUUUUUCUGCAUCUGGAAGGGCAUCAAAUCCACUGGAAAGGUGGUCUAUAUCACAGCCACGUUCCCUUUUGUCAUGCUCAUUGUGCUUUUGAUCCGUGGUGUGACACUGCCAGGUGCUACUGCAGGCAUCAAAUUCUACCUGUAUCCUGACCUCGCUCGCCUGAAGGACCCAGAGGUGUGGAUUGAUGCUGGCACCCAGAUCUUCUUCUCCUAUGCCAUCUGUUUGGGUGCCAUGACGUCCUUGGGGAGCUACAACAAGUACAAAUACAACUGCUACAGGGACUGUUUGCUGCUGGGAGCCCUCAACAGUGGUACCAGUUUUGUGUCUGGCUUCGCAAUAUUUUCCGUCCUGGGCUUCAUGGCACAAGAGCAAGGGGUGGACAUUGCUGAUGUGGCAGAGUCAGGUCCAGGCCUGGCUUUCAUUGCCUACCCUAAAGCUGUAACCAUGAUGCCUGUUCCUACACUCUGGGCAAUCCUCUUCUUCAUUAUGCUGCUGCUGCUUGGCCUCGACAGUCAGUUUGUGGAGGUGGAAGGGCAGAUCACAUCACUGGUGGAUCUGUAUCCGUCCUUCCUAAGGAAGGGUUACCGCAGAGAGGUCUUCAUCGCUAUUAUCUGCUGCAUCAGCUACGUGCUUGGACUUACCAUGGUUACCAAGGGUGGCAUGUACGUUUUCCAGCUGUUUGACUACUAUGCAGCAAGCGGUGUGUGCCUUCUGUGGGUGGCAUUCUUUGAAUGUAUAGCUGUUGCCUGGGUUUAUGGCGUUGAUAAUUUCUAUGAUGCCAUUGAGGACAUGAUUGGCUACAGACCAAAUCCUUGGAUGAAAUGGAGCUGGACUGUGGUCACUCCUUUACUGUGCAUGGGUUGCUUUAUCUUCUCUUUGGUCAAAUACAAGCCACUGACGUACAACAAGAUGUACCAGUAUCCUGACUGGGCCAUUGGAGUAGGGUGGAUUUUGGCCUUGGCUUCCAUGAUCUGCAUUCCCAUGGUGGUUGUCAUCAAGAUCAUUCGAUCUGAUGGGCCGCUCAUUGAGAGGAUUAAGGCAGUGGCAGCCCCGGUUCGUGGUGGAGCCAGCUCCCGUCCUGCAGACCACCGUGGGCCUAAAGAGCUCUCCUGUCCCCUGGACCCCAAUGGGAACAAGGGCCUACUGAUGAAGGCCCCCACUCACACCAUCGUAGAAACCAUGAUGUAAAGGAAUGAGGCGGAGGCUCUCCAUGAGAUCGCUCUCCUCCCCUCUCCUGUCCUCUAAAAUGCUUUUAAAGCUAGCUAGCUUUCUGUCUAUCUGUCUGUCUAUGUCUGUCUGGUGGACUGAUAAGGGUUUUAAAGAAAAAGUUCAAAUCUUUUAGGAAAGUUUUGAAAGUAGUUUGCUGUUGGUGGUCUUCAUAAGAGGGUAACAGUCACAUUUCAAAUCUAUUUCUGAAUGACUUAAAAACUGUUUGAUUUUUUUUCAUAUAAAUAGUUUUCAUGUGACUACACGUCCCACUGUGUUCUUGCUUUAAAGGCAAGGUGGCAAAUUAGAAACAGCUUGUGGCCAUGUUUCACUGGCUACUUUUGCACAUAACCAGCCAUUAUUCGAGAAGAAAGUGGUUAUUGAGUCUUGGAAUCAAAUCAUCUUUUGUAGCCACUAUAUAUAGAGAAUUCCUAUAAUAGGCACUGAUCACCAAAAACAGUUUUUUGUUUUUUGAGCUGCUUUGAUGGAUAUUUUAUUAUUAUAAUUAUAAUUAUUAUUAUUAUUAUUAUUAUUAUUUGCCAGUUAUACUAUGAUUAUUGUAUAGUUCUCUGAGGGCAUGUGCCACAGGAUUCUAUUCCAUUAUGUUCAGCAGAGGCCUUGUUGAUAUCAGAAUUAUUAGCUUUUUUGCCAAAAUAUCAAAAAUGCAACUCUGCAGACACCAGCGUUAAAUGGCUUAUCACUGCCGGCUCUUUCCCCUUGUAAUCAUAGAUUUUAAAAUAUCAGUAACAAUGAGCUUACCACAUAUUUGGCUUAGUAUUGCAAAAUAUGAAUAAAAACAAAUAAAAUCAAUUGCAGCAUAAACCAAAACCAAAUCAAAAUAUAAGCAGUGACAUUUUUUUAAGUUAAUAUCUAAUCAUAAUGAUGAAAACAGAAUCCUCUGAAUUCACCUUGUGCCCAAAUAUUCCCAUCUUUCACAGUCAAACAAUGGGCCAAAGAGAAAACUAGCACUGAAUCGGUGAACUUUUUUUUUUCCUGCACAAAGAGAGAUAUCUGAAAGGAUUUGAAGUGUGGAGGUUCAACCCUUGACUGUGUUGUUUGUGAUGUACUGUACAGUAGUGGCUAAUCAGUCUAUCAGUAUCUAUCUCUUUAUCUAUCUUUCUCUGUUCUAGACCAGUUUACAGUACAUUAGUGACUGCACUAGGCACUCUCGGCUUAAAAGUUUGGAUUUAAUUUGUUUUAUUUACUACAAAGGAAGACACAUGAUUAUUAUCAUUAUUAUUAUUAUUAUUAGUUCUUUUUUCCUCUGUCAGUGUUUAGAUUUUUUUUUUAAUUAAUGUUAUUGAUAUUUACUAUUGAAUUGCUGUAGUUUUACAUAGAAGGAGGAACACUUUCAUCUGGUGAAAAUACUAAGCUAUUAUUACAAACCAUACUUCUAUAUUGGCAGCCAUUGUAGUAAAGUCUUUACAUUUCUUCAGCUUUGGUCCUAGCAACAGUUGUCUUAGGCAUCAUACAAAGAAACAAUGCAACUGUUUUUCUCAAAUAUUAUCUCUUACAGAGGGGUGUGGGCCAAUUUUUAUAUACACAAAAAAAAUUGGAAACCCGCAAUGGCUCCAGUCACAAGUUUGUAAUUCUUGGAUUUUUAACUUUUCCUCUUCUGUAAAUACCAGGAGACAGUAUUUAUUUCAAAGAAAUCCAGCUAGGCAGGACACUACAACCAGUGGUUAAACAAAAUGUCAAUAACUCAAAUGUCUCACAUUAACCAAUGGCUGGGAGAGACUCCCAGUAGAUAAAACAGUGUCUGACUGUCAGCUCAUUUCAGACACUGUGAAAUUUGGCAGAUGGCUGAAUUUGGUCACCAAGUUGCUUUGUCUCACUUCAAAAGAGACCUGAAAAGCUUCACUUUUAACAGUUCAAACCGGUCUUUUCCCCAUAAAUGAAUACAGAUAAUAUAAAUAUAGUUUUGGAUUAAUCAUGUCACACGUGUUGCAGUAGAAUGCCCUUGUCACUUUUUUGUUCAAUUUUCAUACACACCAGUGAAACUAGUGAUACCCAGACCCCAUUAACCCUGUGAUGGAUUAACUCUGUCUUGAACUCUGUUUGAUUUUAGCAAUCAUGCAUGAAAAACUACAUUCAUCUUGUUAACAUAGGGGCCAUACUUUUGAUUAUGUGAAUAGCUGGCAACCAAGAGCAGACUACGUGAGAGGUAUAACAUUUAUAACGGUUAUGUUCAUUUUAUUAUAUCUGUGUAACAAGGGGUUUCUCAUGUGUAUGCGUCACCAGCGACCAUCCACUCAGGAUCUUCUUUGUAGUGCUUUUGUCUACUGUAUAGCUGCAUUAACCCAGCAUCCAAAAAGGACACUUUUAACUCUGGGUGACAGAGCUACAUUGGUAGCAAUUGAAACUGAUGUUUUUAUCCAGCUUGGUAAUCCAUUAGAUUGGUUCUCUGCUACAGAGAGAUGAAAAUCACACCUUAACUGCCUAUUUUAACCGCAGUCAAAGAUGAAAAAACGUUACUUGACAUAAGGCUAUAUUGCACUUUUUUUUUUUUUUCAUUUUAUUCCUUUUGAUUUCAUAUCAAACAAUGAGGCCAAAAAAUAUGUAUUGCCUUCUUUUUAUUCUGGGCUCUCAGGGGCCUCUCUAGUAAAAUUGGUACAUUUUCAAAACACUCUAGUCUCACUUUGGUUCUGAAAUAAGCAAAAAAAUUGAAAUUAGAUCAAGAUGAACACAUUACACAGUUAUACAGUACACAUGCAUUGCAGGAUUUUCAUCAACAGCUUCACAUGAGAGGUGAUAGUGAGACCAGGGCCUCAUUUUCAUUUCAUUUCCUGGCUCUCAUUUCAUUUAAGCUUUGAUAACUUUGUGUCCAUUUAUUUAAUUCCUUCAAAUAGAAUAAAGUAGUUGAUAUCAUUAAAAGGGAUUUGUGAAACCAAAUCCAUCAGGCAUCUAUUUUCAUACAACUUUUCAUAUAUAAGUCGUCUUUGUAUAGCUCAGCUCCCGUUUCCCCACUUCCAUUUUAAUACAGAUACAAUGCUUUGUUCUAUCAUUACACUUUUGUAUAGAUCUGGUUCUCAGUUUCUCUGAAAAAUCUUUGCACUAAGGUUUAAAAAAAUGCAAUUAAUGAUCUAAAGAAAUAUCUGCAGUUGCAAUUUAAUUUGCUCAGAUGUGUUGAAUAUUAAAUGAAAUCCAAACUUGCCAACAAAAAGGUAUAUAGAAAAAAAAUGCCUUAAGCAUUGAAAUUAAGGCUGAAUAUUUCUUAGUGCUAAAAUUGCUUCAGAGAAAUGUGGACUAAUAAUAACUAAUGCAGUCAUUUAUUGAAUUAUGCUUCCCCUCAGUGUAUAUUUACAGUAUGUACCUGCUCUCCUGCCUUCAUACACUCCCUAUCCGUUAGCCUAUGUAAAACGUCUGUUAACGUAAGCUAACUAAUUCUCAAAGAUCAUGAGUUUUCAAUAGAACUAAAGCAUUAGCGAUGCACAAGUUUUUACCGACGGAUGUUGAAAUGUGAAAGUCACCUGCGGGUGAACGUAAAAGUUUCUGAAGAUUUUUUUUUUUUUUUUUUUUUUUCCCCCCCAUUUAAAAAGUCGUUUAUUUUUAUUUUAUACUGGUCUCUGUCGAAUUCUGCAGUUUCUCAUUCUGUUUUAUUUUAGAUUGUAUGUUUGUCACAUUUGCCUUUUUUGUAUUCCAGAUAUAUUUGCAUAUUUGAAACCUGUCAUUGGAGUGACCUGUACAACUAUUAGUCAAAAAGCAAACAUAAAAAAAACUUAUGACUUGUUGUGCAAUACUGCAAAACAUUUUUUAGUACCAAGAGGUGGUACUAACCUUUAAGUAAGAUGUGAUUUCCUGAAGAGUAAAUAUUUGAAUCUCCAGUUAAACUAAAACCCAACAAAGAAUCUUUUGCAGUUUGGAAAGUUAACCAAACCAAACCACUAUCCACAGUCUUGUCAUUUGAAAUGCACUGAUUAAAUAUGUGUCACAUCAAACUGA